GCGGAAGUGGCUCUGUUUUGCUUCGCUUUGGCCAAGAUGGCGGCGUACCUGCAGUGGCGGCGCUUCGCCUUCUUCGACCGGGAGACGCUGGCCUCGGCCGCCGAGGGAAGGCCGCUCCUCCUGCCGCCGGGCAUCUCCGCCUGCGACGCCGGCAGAGGGAGCCUUGUCUUCGGGGAUAUGGAAGGGGUGAUCUGGUUCCUGCCCCGCUCCCUGGAGCUCAGCAGCUUCCAGGCCUAUAAGCUGCGGGUGACGCACCUCUUCCAGCUGAAGCAGCACAGCAUCCUGGCUUCUGUGGGGGAGGAUGAGGAAGGCAUCAACCCUUUGGUCAAAGUCUGGAAUCUCGAGAAACGCGAUGGUGGGAAUCCUCUCUGCACUCGCAUUUUCCCCGCGAUUCCUGGCAACAAGCCCACGGUUGUGUCCUGCCUCACCGUCCAUGAGAAUCUCAACUUCAUGGCUAUUGGCUUUGCUGAUGGCAGUGUCGUUCUCACAAAAGGCGACAUCACGAGAGACCGACACAGCAAGACCCAGAUACUUCACGAGGGGAGUUUCCCAGUGACAGGCCUCGCCUUUCGCCAGUCCGGGAAAACAACCCACCUGUUUGUCGCCACCACCGAGAACAUCCAGUGCUACACGCUCUCCGUGAAGGACUACCCGCAGCUGGAGCUGGACACGCGUGGCUGUGGCCUGCGCUGCUCCACUCUCAGCGACCUCUCCCAGGACCUUCAGUUCAUCGUGGCUGGAGAUGAAUGCGUAUACUUGUACCAGCCGGACGAGCGGGGACCGUGUUUUGCCUUCGAGGGCCAGAAGCUGAUUGCCCACUGGUAUCGAGGCUUCCUUGUCAUCGUGUCCAAGGACCGGAAGACCUCUCCAAAGUCUGAUUUUGCCGGGAGCGACGCACAAAACUCCGACAAACAAAUCCUGAACAUCUACGACUUGGGCAACAAGUUCAUCGCGUACAGCUCCGUCUUCGACGACGUGGUGGACGUCCUGGCGGAGUGGGGCUGCCUGUAUGUGCUGACCAGGGAUGGGAAGCUCCAUGUGCUGCAGGAGAAAGACACCCAGACCAAGCUGGAGAUGCUCUUCAAGAAGAACCUCUUUGAAAUGGCCAUUAACUUGGCCAGGAGUCACCACCUGGACAGCGAUGGCUUGUCUGAGAUCUUCCGCCAGUACGGAGACCAUCUGUACAACAAGGGCAACCACGAUGGCGCCAUUCAGCAGUACAUCCGCACCAUUGGGAAGCUGGAGCCCUCCUAUGUGAUCCGCAAGUUCCUGGAUGCUCAGCGGAUCCACAACCUGACGGCCUACUUGCAGACGCUGCACCUCCAGUCUCUGGCCAACGCUGACCACACCACGCUCCUGCUGAACUGCUACACCAAGCUGAAGGACAUCUCCAAGCUGGAGGAGUUCAUCAAGACAAGUGAGAGCGAGGUGCACUUUGACGUGGAGACGGCCAUCAAGGUCCUGCGCCAGGCGGGCUGCUACUCGCAUGCGGUCUACCUGGCCGAGAAGCAUGCACACCACGAGUGGUACCUCAAGAUCCAGCUGGAGGACAUCAAGAACUACCAGGAAGCCCUGCGCUACAUCGGCAGGCUGCCCUUUGAGCAGGCCGAGAGCAACAUGAAGCGCUACGGCAAGAUCCUCAUGCACCACGUCCCACACGAGACCACGGAGCUGCUCAAGGUCCUCUGCACCGACUACCGGCCGGCAGGAGACCGGGAGGGCCCCGGAGGGAUGGAAGGGCGGAAGGCCAAUCCUGACGAGUUCAUUCCCAUCUUUGCCAACAACUCCCGGGAGCUCAAGGCCUUCCUGGAGCACAUGUCGGAGGUGCUGCCCAACUCUCCACAAGGCGUCUACGAUACCCUCCUGGAGCUGCGCCUCCAGAACUGGGCCCACGAGCAGGAUCCGCAGGCUAAAGAGAAGCUCCACAACGAAGCCAUUUCCUUGCUGAAGAGCGGGAAGUUCCAGAGCGUCUUCGACAAGGCUUUGGUCCUGUGCCAGAUGCACAACUUCAAGGACGGCAUCCUCUACCUCUACGAACAGGGCAAGCUCUUCCAGCAGAUCAUGCACUACCACAUGCAGAAUGAGCAGUACCGGAAGGUGGUGGAGGUGUGCGAGCAGUACGGGGACCAGGAGGCCUGCCUGUGGGAGCAGGCGUUGGGCUACUUCGCCCACAAGGAGGAGGACUGCAAGGAGUACAUCGCGGCCGUGCUCAAGCACAUCGAGACCAAGAACCUGAUGCCGCCUCUGCUGGUGGUGCAGACUCUGGCCCACAACUCCACGGCCACCCUGUCGGUCAUCAAGGACUACCUGGUCAGCAAGCUCCAGAGGCAGAGUCGCCAGAUUGAGCAGGAUGAGCAAAGGAUCCACAAGUACCGGGAGGAGACCAAGCGGAUCCGCAAGGAGAUCGAGGAAUUGAAAAACAGCCCCAAGAUCUUCCAGAAGACCAAGUGCAGCAUCUGCACCAGCGCGCUGGAGCUGCCCUCGGUGCACUUCCUAUGCGGCCACUCCUUCCACCAGCACUGCUUCGAGAGCUACUCCGAGAGCGGCUCCGAGUGCCCCACCUGCCUCCCGGAGAACCGCAAAGUCAUGGACAUGAUCCGCGCCCAGGAGCAGAGACGGGACCUGCACGACCACUUCCAGCACCAGCUGAAGUGCUCCAACGACAGCUUCUCGGUGGUGGCCGACUACUUUGGCCGGGGCGUCUUCAACAAGCUGACCCUCCUGACGGACCUCCCGCCGGGGAAGUCAGCCAUGGCUCUCGACGCAGGCUUGCAGCGGGACCUCCUGAUCCACACCAAGAGGAGCACCUAGCUGCCCUUUUCCCGAAGACUCUGGCUGUGCCAUGAACUAAGCGGGGAUUGGAAUCUGAUCCAGAGGUGGAUCUGGCCCUUGGCCUGGAAUCCCAGGUGUGCAUGAACUCGAAGACGGCCUGGGCAGGAAUCCUCUUCCCUUCCUCAUUACUUGAUUGCAUCUCUGAAGGGGUUUAGAGCAGGCUUGGGCAAACUUCGG